GACUCAUACCUGACUAUUGAAUUCUUAGUAUCUAUUUAAGGCUCGAGGGAGUAUUCGUAAAAUUGCUAAAAGGCUUUUAAUAUUGUUUAUCUAAUUUACAAAAUAUGUCAUACCAACAAAGUGGAAUGCCAGAUCAAACGUUUCUUUGGGACGUAUUUCAAAGGGUUGAUAAAGACAGAAGCGGGCAUAUAUCGGCAGAUGAGCUACAAGUGGCCCUUUCUAAUGGCACGUGGUCUGCUUUCAACCCGGAAACAGUCCGACUUAUGAUUGGGAUGUUUGAUCGGGAAAAUAGAGGAACUGUGUCAUUUCAGGAUUUUGGAGCGCUGUGGAAAUAUGUAACUGAUUGGCAAAAUUGUUUUCGUUCGUUUGAUCGUGAUAAUUCUGGAAACAUUGAUAAGCAAGAACUUAAAACCGCACUGACUUCUUUUGGUUAUCGUUUGUCUGACCAUCUCAUUGAAAUUUUACUUCGGAAAUUCGACCGGUUUGGCCGGGGAACUAUUCUUUUCGACGAUUUUAUUCAAUGUUGUAUUGUCCUCUAUACGUUAACUACAGCCUUCCGGCAACAUGAUACCGACAUGGAUGGUGUCAUCACAAUCCACUAUGAACAGUUUUUAAGCAUGGUUUUCUCACUUAAAAUAUAAUAAUGUUUUGAGCAAAUUUAUAACACAAACAAUAUCUUUAAUAUAUGUAUAUAAAUGUAAAUAAUGAAAGUGACUCAAUCUUUUUGUGAACAUGAAAUCCUACCCUCGAUAUAAAUCUUAAGCUUAUGUAUACUUUAAAUAUUUAAAA